AUGGUCAUGAGUCCAUCACUAUACAAGCACUUUCACACAGCACGAACCAACAUUCCAUAUGAAGAAAUUAUCUGUGAGUUCAGGAAAUAUAACAGAACAUUCCGUAUCUUAGUUUCUCCUUACGCCCAUAAUUUUGGAACAAGACACUACAAAGUAGAGAAAUUUGAAGGAGAUGAUUCAAGUUGUCCAUCGGGAAUUGUUCUAGAGAAUGUUGCCAAUUAUACAAAUGGAUCUGAAUCAAUAAUUUACAAUGGAGAUAUUGGUUCUCCACAGAGUAUCAAUGCAAUUGGAGGACAAUUUGGGAGAUUAACUGAUGUUACAAUGGCCUUCUUUUUAGAUUCAGGUAACUAUGAAAUAGAUUGGAAGAAAGGGAGGCCAAUAGUUUACGGAAAUCCAGAUUCAAUCGAUGGAGUGAUCAGAAAAGGAUGGCCAAUAUCUCCACCUCUAACAACAUAUCCAGAAUAUUUCUAUGAUCCGAAUGAUCCAAAUGAUACAAUUUCAUUUGACUUCAAUGGAUGGUUUUAUUCAAUUCCAAAUGAGACAAUAAAUUGUUCUAAUCUCGACAAUCAAACAGACUUUAGCGCUAUUGACUAUUGCAACGCUCCUGAUUAUUACAACCCUAAUAACGGAACAAAUUGGAGUUUGAACCAAUACUAUGACAGACAGUUUAUUAGAUUGCCUGAUUAUGGCUGUGCUAAAGGAACUGCAACUAUUCCUGGCCUAACACAUUUUACUAAUGACUAUUGUUCAAGCUAUCAAUGCAAUAGGUAUACAAGUUUUACUCUUGAUAUUAUUGUUAAUGAAGAAACACAAGAAAAAAAGAUAAUAACAUGCUCUGAAGAAGGUCAAACACAUGAUUUUAAACGGUGCAUUAAUAGCACUAAUUGUUAUAAUAAUAGAACUGUUAAAUGCCCUUCACCAGAAAGAUUUUGCAGAACAAGAGAAGUUUUGGAUUCAUACUUUACAAGUGACCCUUUCCAAAAUGUCUUAUUCCCAACACCAAGACCAACUCCAGCUGCAAGUCCACCGCCUUCUCCAAUGAUGACACCCGCAGCAACACCAACUAUUACAAUAGACGAAAGAUUCCAACCAAUAAGAAUCACUCAUGAUUACAGAUUAAUAAAUAAAACAAUAGUUGAUAACGAGAUGUGCAAUAGUAUUGGAGAGUCAAAGACAAAUGUAUUUGGAACUCAUACAUGUACAGAGAAUGAUAUGAUAACAACAGAAAAAUAUAGAGUUUUUUAUGAAACAUGUGAGAAUGUUAGAAAUUAUUUGCAAAACUUUCUAAGAGUUAUACCAAGGAAAACUAGCAUAACUACUUCCAAACACUCAUGGUCAAAUACAUAUCAAGGCGGGGAAACUAUUACUAAUUCAGAUUUACAUUUUAUUUUCCAUGGCAUGCCAAUUGGAAGUGGAUAUUCAAGUAUUCAAAUUGGCAACACAUAUGAAAUACCUUCAUAUUAUACGUAUCAAAUCCAUUUCUUUGUGGAUCCAUCAAGUAUUCCUCAAUAUCCAUCAGAUGAUUCAGGAAUUAAUUCUACAUUUUAUUACUCUAUAUUAAAAUCAAUACUUAGUAAAUUAACUACAACUAGCCCAACUUUGUCACAUUUGCAUCCAAAGUUUUCUACAACUUAUUAUCCAAAUCCAUUCUGUUCAUUUAACGCAAAUGGAAUUGACUUCAAAGUUUUGACAACACCUUACGCACAUGGAUUUGCUAAAAAAUAUUAUGGAACGGAAACAUUUGAAGGAAACGUUACAUGCCCGUCCGGAAUAUUAGUUGAUUCUUCUGGAUCCCCUCUCCCAAUUAUUUAUUUACAGGAUAUUUUAUGCAAUGGACUUCAAAGAGAUUCCGGUCCUUAUUCUAGAGUCACAGAUGUAACAAUGGCAUAUUUACUUGAUUCAGGUAACUAUGAAGUUGACUGGAGAUAUGCAAAACCAAUGAUAUACGCCAACAAAGAUUAUGUUAACGGAAACUUCAUUCCAAAUUGGCCUCUUGGACCUCCUGCUUCUACACUUCCAAAGUGGACAUUUUUCAAUCCAGCAAAUGAAUCAUUAUGCGUAGGAUUUGAAUUUAACUGGUGGGGUUGCCCUGAAACAAACAACAAAAUAGAUUGUAGUAUAAAUCAAAAUUUAGAAUUCUGCAAACAUAAAGACUAUUAUGAUCCAUUUGGAAAUGAAAUACCAGGAAAGUCAUAUUACAGCUACCAAAAUAAUAAUUUACCUGUAUAUUUCUGUGAUAAAUAUCAAGCAGUUAUUCCUGGAAUGGUGGAUAAUCAUAGAGUUUAUGAUAAAUGCGGAUAUUACUAUUGCGCUGAUGACUAUAGUAGUUUUGUUAUUGAUUUAACAACUGAUAUUCCUUCAAAGACAAUCUAUAAAUUAAAUUGUACCUAUGAAGGACAGAACUAUUCUUUUAGGCAAACAAACAAUGUAUACUAUGUUGAUAGAACUGUUUAUUGCCCAGAUCCUCAAAGGUUUUGCCGAAUAAGGAAUGAUUAUUACAAGUCUUUUGAAUCUAAUCCUUUUGAAGGAUUUAUUCCAUUCGCAACUGCUCAACCAACUCCUUUAAUAACUCCAUAUAGAACUAAUGCGUUGACACCUAAAGUAACACCAUAUAUGACCCAGGUCCAAACUCCACAUUCAACAUCUCAAGAAACUCCUGUUUUCACACCUCAAAUUACAAACAAAGAAACACCUUUUGUAACUAACUUCCAAACGCCUUUUAUAACUGAAUUCCAAACUCCAGUUUUUACACAAAAAGAAACUCCUUAUGAAACACAUUUUAUGACUGCUGCUGAGACUCCAUUCACAACUGCAUUUCAAACACCGUUUUUAACGAAUUAUAUGACUCCAGUACUUACUCCAUAUGGAACGAUGUCUCAGACACAGGGAGAAACAAUGUUCCAAACCGCAUUUGAAACUCCUUUUUACACUCACGCCCAUACAAACAAAGAAACACCUUUUGAAACACCUUAUAUUUCAAAGUUCUUAACUCCUUUCCAAACUAAUGCGAUUACACCAGCUGAAACACCUUAUACAACAGCCCAAAACACUCCACAAUUAACACCUGUAGAAACACCAUUGAUCACCCCUCAAAUAACAGUUCUGAAAUUGAAGUCUGAUAUGAAGAAAUACUCUGAUAGAUCUUCAAUGGUGGAGCUUAUAUUAAUACCUGUUUAUUAUUCGUUAUCAUGA